AUGGCCCCUGAUUCAAAACCCAGGACCCAGGACCCGCCAGAUGGUGGCUGUCGGGCAUGGCUCCAGGUCGUUGGGUCUUUCUUUCUGUUCUUCAAUACCUGGGGUCUGAUCAACUCCUAUGGCGUUUUCGAGACGUUCUACGAGGAGACGUUGCUCCAAGGAACUACUUCAUCGACCAUUUCCUGGAUCGGCUCGCUGCAGUCCUUCUUGAUUAUGUUCCUCGGCGUCUUAACCGGACCCAUUUACGACGCGGGGUUCGUCAUACCCUUGCUGUAUAUUGGGUCGUUUCUCGUCGUCUUCGGCCACAUGAUGCUCAGUUUAUGCCAGAGCUUCUGGCAGGUUCUACUUGCGCAGUCAUUCUGCGUGGGCAUCGGCGCCGGUCUCAUUUUCGUCCCCAGCAUUGCAAUUCUCUCGACCUAUUUUACCACAAAGCUGCCCCUGGUCAUUGGCAUCGCCGCCUCGGGGUCGAGCAUCGGCGGCGUGAUUUAUCCGAUUCUGAUCCGCGAGCUGCUUGGCCGCGUGGGAUUUGGCUGGACGAUCCGCAUUGCGGGCUUUGUGGCCCUGUUCGGACUGGGCAUCUCCUGCGCGGUGCUUCGGGUCCGCGUUCUCCCUGCCCAUCGUCGGAAAUUGAUCGACUGGUCCGCGUUCCGCGAGGCCCCUUACACGCUGUUUGCCAUCGGGCUCUUCCUCUGCUUCAUGGGUCUGUAUACUCCCUUCUACUACAUCCAAUCCGUGGCGAUCCAGAAUCAUAUCACCUCGGAAAACCUGGCGUUCUACUUGGUGCCGAUCAUGAAUGCCGCAUCGACCCUGGGACGUCUGGCACCGGGGUAUCUGUCCCGAUGGAUAGGAUCGCUGAAUAUUCUGAUUCUCUGUGCGCUGAGUUCUGGGCUUCUGGUCCUGUGCAUCAUCGCCGUGCAGACACAGGGGUCUUUGUUAGCCAUCUGCGCCUUGUAUGGGUUCUUUUCGGGGUCCCUGGUCUCGCUCAUGGGUCCGAUCCUUGUCAUGCUGUCCCCUCACCGUGGAGUGACGGGGACCCGGAUGGGGAUGUGUUUCACGCUGCUGGGCGUGGCUCUAUUAAUCGGGACUCCCAUCGCCGGCUCCAUCCUGGGUUCCCAUGGUGCGAAUAUGGUCUGGGUGUAUAGCGGCGUUCUGACCCUCGUGGGAGGAGCGACGAUUGGGGCUGCUCGGAUGAGGUUGACCGCCGGGAGGAUUGUUGCAAAGACCUAA